CUCUUCUUACGCGUCCAUGAAUGCCAGAAAUCACCGUCCUAGUACGACGAGAUACCAAGUUCUCCAAAGUCUUCCAGGCAGCUGAGGUGCGUUAUACGCGGGACUGGGUCGAGCCGUGCACGUUCAAGUUUACGUAUGAGGGCAAGCGAGUACAGAAGGAUGACACGCCUGCAGCGAUUGACAUGGAGGAUGGUGAUACGAUAGACGCGCAUUUAGGGCAGGUCGGAGGCGGGCCUUGGUGGUGAUGAACCAUCUGUAGUAUCUAUGCUAUAUUCCUAGCAACUGGGGGUACUGAAGAAGACCGCCUUCAACUUGGAUGGUGGAAGGGUGUAUAUACUAUUCUGUCGCGUUUUACCGGGUAUCUUCAGGUUUAUCAUCGCUGGCUUAUUGGUUUUUGUUCUUUCCCUCCUGCUUUUUGCGUGUUUGUAGGAACGACACGCACCGACGCAUCUGGUCGACUGGAGCCUGCCUGCUCCACCGGUCGUUUGGCCGAUUUUGUGAAGAGAUAUGGACCUUAGUACAAAGGCCUCUGCUGAAAUAAUAAGUCUUGGGG